UUGCCUACGGGUCGUGCAGUAGGCAAUAGGAGGACCUCAGAAAUGCACCAGGGGUCGCCUGAGACGAAUACAAAGACGCUGGAACAAUGGAAAAAGUGGAAGUUUCAAAACUCUGAACGUUGCAACUUAUAUUAAGCCGUUACCACUGAAAUUUAUUGAGACAAUCUAAUGACAGGCAGAGCAGGAAUGGAUCCAUUGCAGGAAAGAAAUGAGGGGCCAGAAGGGAACUCAUGAAGAUCUUAAUCUCUAUUUUCUUAAAGAAGCAACCGGUGACUGCUUUCCAAGAAGGAAAAUACAAAGAGCUAUCAGUGUUUUGCCUCUCCGAAUGAAAGAAAAAGUUGUGGAUUGCUUGAAAAAUAAAAUUCUCCUCUUUGACGUUUCUCGUCAAGAGGCUGUGUAUAGGCACUGCUUUAUCAAGUGCAUUGAGUUGCUUUUUGAUUGUUCAAGUGCUCCUAGAAGAUAUCCGGGUGGUGAGCCUCCAGUCAUUUCUGUGGCAUCAUCAAAUCAUGGUCCACCACCUGCAAGUUCCGAAUCUUCAAGUAAACAACCGUUUCAUUUUUCACCAGGAGGAGAAAAUAUUGUACCAGAAAUAAUCGAUCCACCUCCACCUCAGGCAGCUCGUAAACAUUCACCACCUAUGCCACCUGUUAAUCCAAAUCAUUCCAAAAAAAAUCACGACGACAUUGAGUCAGAAACUAUUGUUGCUGUUGUUGUAACUGCAGCAGGGACAUUUCUUAUCAUUGCAUUGAUCUGUUGCUGCAUCAGAUUCAGGGGGAGAAGCAACAAAGUGGGCCCUAGAGGACAAAGAGACGACAGGCCUCUUCUCAACUCGAGCUUAAGUUCAUCCCAGAAGUCCCUAAGUUUAGGAAGCUCCAGUAAAGAACUUGGCUCAAAUUCAAUUAGAGGAAAGAAUAAUUUUAUCAGUACCCUUUCCAUAAAGUCUGAGAAUCAUUGUUCCUCACUGCCCGUGGUACCGUCAGCAGAGACUGCUUCACUUCCUGCUCUAAAACCUCCCCCUGGACAAUCAGCCCCUCCACCUCCCGGGCCACCACCUCCUGCUCCCCGUCCACCACCUCCACCAAAAGCUAUCCCUCCACCUGUCCCUUCAAAAGGCAUACCCGGCAAAGGCCAACCUUCCCUUCUUGGACCACACCGUCGAGGAAGUAGCGGUUCUGCUCAGGGAGAAGAUGAUAGCGAAUCAGGUUCACAGAAGGCCAAGUUGAAGCCAUUUUUCUGGGAUAAGGUUCUUGCAAAUCCUGAUAAAUCAAUGGUCUGGCAUGAAAUCAAAGCUGGGUCUUUCCAGUUCAAUGAAGAGUUGAUAGAGACUCUAUUUGGUUAUAAUGUAGACAAAGGCAAAAACGACCGCAAGAAAGAUGCAUCAUCUCAAGACCAUUCAAUCCAGUAUAUUAAGAUUAUUGACCCUAGGAAGGCACAAAAUCUGUCGAUUCUUCUAAAAGCACUGAAUGUGACUACUGAAGAAGUUAUUGAUGCACUUCAAGAAGGUAACGAGCUUCCAGUGGAGCUUCUCCAAACUUUGUUGAAAAUGGCUCCAACGCAAGAAGAGGAACUAAAGCUUAGGUUAUUUGCUGGAGAUGUUAAUCAACUUGGUCCUGCAGAGCGUUUCCUCAAAGUUUUGGUUGAGAUCCCAUUUGCUUUCAAAAGAGUAGAGUCAUUGCUGUUUAUGUGUUCACUACCUGAGGAAGUUUCUAAUCUCAAAGAAUCCUAUGAAACUCUCGAGGUAGCUUGCGACAAACUUAGAAACAGCAGGCUUUUCCUGAAGCUAUUAGAAGCAGUUCUUAAAACAGGCAACCCCAUGAAUAAUGGCACCUAUCGUGGUGGUGCAGAGGCAUUUAAGCUUGACACUCUCUUGAAACUCUCUGAUGUGAAGGGAAUUGAUGGCAGAACUACACUCUUGCACUUUGUAGUUCAGGAGAUCAUUCGUUCUGAAGGCAUUAAAGCCAUCCGCAGAGUAAAAGCAAGCUCCAGCUUCUCCAGUGUGAGGACAGAGGACUUUGUCGAUGAUUCUUCCCCUGAAUCAGCAGAUCGCUAUCGGAGCCUUGGUCUUCAGGUGGUUUCAGGUUUAAGCACUGAGCUCGGAGAUGUCAAGAAGGCAGCAGCUCUAGAUGCUGAUGUCACAACGGCUACAGUGUCAAAACUUAAAAAAUCGCUGAUAAAAACAAGAGAAUUCCUGGACACAGAGAUGAUGAAUAUGGAAGGAGAUAGCGAAUUCCACCAUGCGCUUGUUAGCUUCGUGGAGCGGAUGGAGUCUGAUAUCUCAUGGCUAUCAGAGGAAGAAAAGAGGAUAACAAGUCUGGUCAAGAGCACCGCGGACUACUUUCACGGAAAGGCAGGAAAGGAUGAAGGCUUGCGUUUGUUCACAAUUGUACGUGAAUUCUUGAUAAUGGUGGAUAAGAUAUGUAAAGAGGUUAAAGAUGAUGCAACGACAAAGCCAACGAGAACUUUUAGGAACGAGGUUCCAUCAACAUCAGCAUCCGCAACAGCUUCUCCAGAUAAUCGUCCACCAGCAUCAGAUUUUCGUCAUCGCAUUGCAGACCAGCGGAUAGAUUACUCCAGUUCAGAUGAUGAGGGCACAUCUCCUUAGCUUUAUUUUGAAGUAGGUACACAGAACAAUUUGACGCAGAAAAAUACCAGCUUUUUCCUUUUAAUGGGGUUAAGGAAAGAGUCUUCUGUAUAUCACUUUGGACAAUGUAGAUUUCAUCAGAGUUCCAUGUAGUGAUUGAUUUCCUUGGGAGUUAUCCUACAAUGCUUUUUUGUGAAAAUGCAGCUUGUUUGACAGUCACUAGAUUGCUUGAAAAUCUUGUAUAUGCCCCUACAAUCAGUCCAAAAUCGCGGUAGCUGCAACACAUGGGGCUUGAGUUUCAUGUGUACAUAUUCUGUUCAUGAAAUGUAUAUGCAGAUCAAAUCUUCUAUUCCUAGGAAGUGGACUGUUGGAGGGGGGUGUGCCCAAUUCAAUGGAAUUUCUUACAAAUGGAGAAAGAUUCCUCCUAAACAGCAAAAGUUCAGCAUCCAAUUGGGCUAUAUACCAUCAUAAGUUUCACAUUAGCAAGGCAGUCUGUUGGUUGGAAAUGUCAAUUCAAAAUAAUCUUUAGAUUAAUUGAGAAGAGUCUUUAGAAUGAUCAUAACUUGUUGAUUAAGAUCUGUUUUUGUUCAAGUUAUUUCAUGUUGUGAUUGAGAUAUAAGAAUGAGUUUUCUGUAUGUAAUUACUAGCGUAUAAACUGUGAAAAGUAAGCUCUAAAAUAAGUUUCAAUUUGAAAUUUAUUUUUUCGGAACUUAUUAGAGUUUAUAAGUCUCAGGUAUUUAUAAGCUUCACAAUAAGCUUACCAAACCGCCACUAUCAAGGUUACUUCUUCCUUGAAAAAAUUUGUGUCGUGAUAGUUUUAUUUAUGUAAUUUUCAAAAAUUUGUGUCAUGCGGUUAAUAUAAUUUGAUUGAUGUUUCUCCAAGUCUUCAAAAUAUGAGAAACACGAGUAGCUCAUAU